UUUUUAUUAACACAACAGCUACCCGCCAUUUCUACCCACCUCUCUCUAAACAAUGAAGAGCCCAUAUUCUCGCUACGCUCGCCGGACCCCAGCCUCCGGCGUAGGGCAUACGCCGGACUGUGUUCCAUACUCCCCGACAUCCUCCUCCCACUCGAGCGGCUCCACCUUGAAGAAACGGAACCCGUUGUCGGUGGCCGCGAAAUCAAUGGCCGGUGUGUUUGUUGCUUGUUUCACGCCUCCCGAGCCUGAGCCGAACAGUUCAAAGGACUUUGGUUACUCUGAAGAGUUAAAAGCUCCCUCUGUUGCAUCUAGUACUUCUGGUGGCAAUGAAAGGAGACGAAGUUCAAGAAGAGGUAUAUAUAGCAGUCCAGCUAAUUCAGUCCAUGGGAGAGAACCUGGGAGUGUAAAUUUUACCAUGGAGGAAAUCAAUGCAGCCACAAGGAACUUCUCUCCUACAUUCAAGAUUGGACAAGGUGGUUUUGGGACAGUAUACAAGGGAAGAUUCCAAGAUGGAACUGUUGUUGCCAUCAAACGUGCCAAGAAGAGUGUAUAUGAUAAGCAUUUAGGUGUAGAAUUUCAAAGUGAGAUUCGAACACUGGCACAGGUGGAGCAUUUAAAUCUAGUAAAGUUCUAUGGAUAUCUGGAGCAUGAAGAUGAAAGAAUUGUUCUUGUGGAGUAUGUUGCCAAUGGAACUCUCAGAGAACACUUGGAUUGUAUUCAUGGAAAUGUUAUUGACCUUGCGGUGCGCCUAGAUAUUGCAAUUGAUGUAGCUCAUGCAAUCACUUAUCUUCACAUGUACACAGAUCACCCAAUUAUUCACAGGGACAUAAAGUCCUCCAACAUCCUCCUCACAGAAAACUUUCGAGCCAAGGUAGCUGACUUUGGUUUUGCUAGACUGGCAGCUGAUAGUGAUUCAGGUGCCACCCAUGUGUCUACCCAAGUUAAAGGAACUGCUGGCUACUUGGACCCAGAAUAUUUGAGGACUUAUCAAUUGACUGAGAAGAGUGAUGUUUAUUCAUUCGGUGUAUUGCUGGUUGAACUAGUGACAGGUAGGCGCCCUAUUGAAGCAAAAAGGGAAAUCAAGGAGCGUAUAACUGCAAAAUGGGCAAUAAAGAAGUUUGCGGAAGGUAAUGCCGUUUUAAUACUGGACCCGAAACUAAAAUGUACCGCCGCAAAUAACUUGGCCCUGGAAAAGAUUCUUGAACUGGCCUUGCAAUGUUUGGCUCCUCACAGGCAGAGUCGGCCAAGCAUGAGGAAAUGUGCUGAGAUUCUUUGGAGUAUCCGUAAGGAUUACAAGGAACAAUCAGCCUCAGAUUUUCGUUCUUUUUCUUCUAAAUCACAGGGGAGUAUUUCAGUAAUAACAGAAGAAUAAACAAAUAGCUGCCUAGUAUUGCAGAAAUGAUAAUGUGAAGAGAAAAAAGCCAAGCAGGUUGCUUUUUAAGACGAACAAGUGAUUCGAGAGUAAUUGUGCAGGGUGGUCAGAGUAGAAAAAGGAUUGAUAGCUUUCCAUAGAGCGAUUUCCAAGAUGGCACAAUAUUGCUCAAUAAGACUCCACUGCUUGCAAGAUCAUAGGAGGUGUUCGUUGUGAAGUUAUGAAUGUAUAUAGGAAAAUCGUUUUAAGGUGACGAAGUGCCUUUGCUUCCACCUGAUUUUGUGUUUACUGUUUCUUCAUCUUUUUGGUUACAAUUGUUUUUUAAUCUUUCAUGUUGUUUCCAUCCAUUCUGCAACAUUUCUAAACAGAGCGGGGUUUGUAUUUUUUUCUGUAUUGUCGCAGACAAAUAUUUCUUCGAGACCAUCCCCCAAUCAAGAACAGUAUCAUUUUGAGAAA